AUGAAGAAAAUCAUAAAUGAUGCUAAUAAUGUAGUGAAUGAUAUGAUUGAUGGGAUGAUCAUGUCUAAUCCAUUAAUCAAAAAAUUACUUAAUCAUAAUGUAAUAGUAAGAGCUGAUACACAACAGAAGAUAGGACUUUGUUUACUUACCACAUACAUUUGUCAAGUUAGAUCAACAUUAAAAGAUAGAGUAGCAUUGAUUAGUGGAGGUGGAUCAGGACAUGAACCAAGUCAUGCUGGUUUUGUUGGGAUGGGUAUGUUGAGUGCUGCAGUCCUCGGUGAUGUCUUUACAAGUCCGUCUCCUAGUCAUAUAGUAGCUGCUAUACAUGCUGUUACAGGUCGUCAAGGAUGUUUGUUGAUCGUCAAGAAUUAUACAGGUGAUCGACUAAACUUUGGUAUUGCAGCAGAGACUGCUAAUAGUCAAGGAUUCAAAGUAAGGAUUGUGAUUGUGGGAGACGACAUUUCAUCUCUUGAACUUGGUUCAAAUGAUGAUACAAAGAGACGUGGUGUAGCUGGAACUGUAUUAUUGCACAAGAUACUAGGUGCAAUGGCAGAACAGUGUAAACCAUUGGACGAAAUUGAAGCAAUGGCCAAACAGUUGUGCAAGUGUAUAUCGACACUUGGUGUUGGAUUGUCAUCAUGUACAAUACCUCGAGUUGGACAUCCAAGCUUUCAACUAGGUGAAAGUGAAAUUGAAAUUGGAUUAGGUAUACAUGGUGAACAAGGUAUCAAAAGACAAGAGAUGGUUGAUGCCAAAACAAUGGCAAAAACAAUACUCGACCGUCUACUACCCUACACAACAUCAAAUACAUUUAUCGUACUUCUCAAUAACCUUGGAUCAACAACCAACAUGGAACUAUCAAUCUUUACCAAACAAGUAUUAGAAUAUUUAAAUAAUGAUAAUAACAAAAAAUACUCAGUCAUUAGAUUCAUAAGUGGUACUCUAAUGACUGCUUUAGAAAUGUCUGGUAUUAGUUUAACUUUAUUAUCAAUUCCUGAUAAUAUAAAUCAAAAUAUUUUAUUAGAUUUAAUAGAUUUUAAAACAUUGGCAAUGGGAUGGCCUGUAAAUAGUGUAUUUACACCUCUAUCUUUAAAUGAUAAUAAUAUAUUUGAUUAUAAAGAGAUUCAAGAAGGAAAUGAAGAUGAAUUUAAAAAAUCGAUUACAAUUGAAAAGGUGGAUGCAGAUUUAAUUAAAACAAUGAUUGAAACUAGUUGUCAAACAUUGAUGGAUAAUUCAGAUGUAUUGACAGAAUUGGAUAGUAAAGUUGGGGAUGGUGAUUUGGGUAUUACUUUAGAUCGUGCAUCAAAGAGUGUAUUGGCAAAUUUAGAAUCAUUGGAUUUCACUAGACCUUGUUUUGCAUUUGGUGAAUUAUCAAAGAUACUAGUAUCUAAUCUAGGAGGUAGUAGUGGACCAUUUUAUGGGAUAUUUUUCCUUAAACUAUCUACUAGUCUUUUUGACCAAUUACAAUCAUCGUCGACGUCACAACCAACUCGAUUAAAUUGGAUUCAAGCAUUAAAAGAUGGAUGUGGUUCAAUUCAACAACUUGGUGGUGGUAAAGUUGGUGAUUGUACAAUGCUUGAUGCUCUUGUUCCUGCCAUUGAUUCUCUUUACAAAUUAGACCAUCAACAAUUGACAUCAACACCUCUAACACAACUCAUUAAUAUUGCUAGCGAUGCAGCACAUACUGGUUCAUUGUCUACAAUUGAAAUGGUAGCUAAAGUUGGUAGAGCUGCCUAUCUAGGUGAUAGAGCUCGUGGUACAAUGGAUCCAGGUGCUCAUGCUAUAGAUUUAUUAUUAUCAAAUUUGAAAAAUAAAUAA